AUGCGCUCCAGAGGCUAUCAGCUGACAACCUUGAAAUAUCUCAAGGACAAUACCGAAUCAAUCAAGGAGAGACUCCUUUAUUCCUCAGAGGCUAUCUUUGCAUAUGCCACCGAAAAAAAUGAUGCUGUUAGCCAGAAACCAUAUGAUCCAGGAGCUCUAAUGGCCGAGUACUUUCAUACGGAAAUAUCAUAA